AUGGCGCAUACUUUAGAUCGCCAAAAUUUUUAUGCUGGAGCUAUCGUAAACAAAAGUAAUCACAAUAGGAAUGCAGCCAAAAUCAAAAAAGCUGCCGUUACCAAAACCGACGCACUAUUGGAUCAUCAGAUAAAAUUCAUCAAAGAGAAGCAGGAGCAAAUUUUACAAAAAUUAGAUACAUUAACUAAUGGAUCUGGGAAUACCUUAACGACAAAAGAGUGUGACUUCUCUGAAUCGCAAAUUCAGUUAAUGCAAUCUGAAUUAGCUGACAUGGUAAUCAUGUUACAGACGGCAAUAAAAAUUCGUUUAGAAUUAACUUAUAGCAAAAAAGAUCUCGAAAAUGCUAGCGAAGAAUCUGUAAAUGUAACAAGAACACGUGUACGUUGGCUAGAAGAGCGUCUAGAAACGAUAUUGGAAAAAAUACAAAUUAAAGAAACAAAUAUUGUAACACAAAUCUUAAAAGUUGAAAAAAAAAGUACAAAAAAGAAACGUGUUGAACUUCCAGCUCAAACUAGUCUGGAAAAAGUUGAAUCAAGGCCUGGUACUAUAAAUGGUAAUUAUGCGGUGUCUCUAUCAGAUUAUUCAUUCCCUCACCAUGCAGAUUCAAUAGCAGAUUAUCGACGAACCCACAACAUCGAAUCUGCUGCCUUAAUACACAGCGAGGAAGAUAUCAGAUCGAAAUCUUCCCAAGUCUUUAUAACCGAAUUUUCAAGCGAAGCUGGUAUUAGCGACGGAUUUGAUCAGUUAUUGGAAUCACAACAUUUACAUCAAAGUGUAAAGACGGAUGUUAAUCGAUCUGUCGAGUACUGGCUAUCGGAGCAUCAUCAGUUCGAGCGAAUACCUAAUGUUUAUGAAGAUAAUUUGUUAUCGUGGCAUACACUCCCAAUAGCAGUACCAUCUACCCAUGUUAAGAGACAUGAAUUUCCCGCUAAAGGUCUUGCUUUAAAAAUCAGCAAGCAUGCUAUAGAUGCCGUCGAUAUUCACAAUAUGGCUUUGGAAAAGUUGUCCAGGCGAGUCCGCCAGCUGUGUAAUGCACUGUAUGAUGUAGCUCAAGAUUCCAUAAGUCCUCCCAAAAAAGUCAAAAAAAUACUAAAAAUGAAAGACACACGUAUUGCUAAUUUACAUGAUGAAGUCUAUACGAAGAAUGAGGACUAUAGCAAAACAAUUCAUGACGAUGCUAGUCACGGUAGCGUGAUAACUUCUAUAAAAGAUAGCCUUGCUCUGCCGUAUAUUACACAUGGUCGUACAUUUAGUUCAACGGAUGGUCAAACAGAAGCCGGUGUAAGCUAUAGGCCUCAAUCAGUUAGUAAUGUCAAGUAUCGAAUAACAAAGCAAAUAAAUCAGCAAUUUCCUCAGGAAGUUGCGGGAUGGUAUCGAUUCUCUGACGAUCUAGGAAAUAUAAAGCGUGUGACAAACGGGGCAUUAUACGAUGAACCAGUCAAGGAAAAAGUGAAAGAAUAUCAGCCACGACAGCGAACAAAAUCCAUUAAGGCAGUCGCUAAAAUGCAAAUCUUAGGCAGCAGGACCAGAACUUUAUCAGGGACAAAUAAGUUAUCUAAGCCAAAAAUUCCUCAUGAUAGUAAAAAAUGGGAACGAAUAGAGGACCUUAUUCAAAGCGGCCUUGCUUCAUCAAACGCAACAAUAAGAUUUGAAGGUGCCAAGAAUUUGGGUUUAUUGGAUUGCAAUGAUCGACAUAUCGUUAAGGCAUUGGCAGAACUUGUUAAAGAAGAUGAUGACAAAUUAGUCCGGUAUGAAGCAAGCAAAUCCAUGCUCUUAAUAGGUUCAUGGGAAGACUGUGCUAUGCUCGUAUUGACUAAAUUCCUAAGAAAAGGGAAUACUCUAAUAAAAAGAGAUAUAAUGGCUACGAUAAUGAAAGCUAAAGACAUUCAGUACAUUAUUAAGAAAUCUAAAGGAUUUCAGUUGCUAAAGCUAGAAUUAGAUGCAAUAGCCGGCUCAGAAGAUGAAGAUUUAUCCUACCAAGCAGCUCUUUGCCUAGGUAGAAUGUGUGUAUCAAGUUCUACGGCAAAGCAACGCUUACUUCGAUGCUUGGAUAUCGAGCUAGGUCCUGUUAAAGCGAAGGCAUUAGAGACCUUAAUUAAGCAAUUUAAUGUCAAAUCCUCAAAAGUUAUUGAAAAUGUCCUCCAGCAGCUACAAAAAUCGUCGAAAUGGGCGCAUCGAGUUAGCGCAUGUAGGCUUUUGGGUAAUAUUGGUCGAUUACAUGCGCUAACUUUCGACGCUGACAGGAUUUUUAUCAUUCUCCAGCGCCUUUUAUGGGAUGAUCCUAGCAAGGAAGUGCGAAAGGAAGCUGCUGAGACUGUGAAAGAACUGAAACUGAAACAUGAAAUGAUUGAAUCUAUCUUUGAGCGGCUGGAAGAUGCGAGCAGUAAAGUUCGUGCACAAGCUGUUAAAUCUCUUGCGACUUUAAAGCUAGAUACUGAGAAAGAUAUUAAAAUCUUAUUAGAAAUUGUGGAAUUAGAUUCUAGUAUCGAUGUUCGAGUUCAGGCCAUACGAGCAUUUAGCUAUAUGAUGAUUAAAGAUAAAAGAGUCAUUAAGAGCUUGCGAGACAGGCAAAAAGGAGAUGUGGUUUUAGCAAAGUUUUUAGUUAACGAAUUUGUAAGCUAUGCGCUAAUUUUUACUCAUCCUCCAUAA